AAGCUCAAAUCACUAUUCACUACUGUUGAGUUGAGAAUGGAGGAGGAGGAGGAACAAAUCUCUGGUUCUAUCAACAACAACUUCUCUGACCAAUCCAACUAUAAUUCUAGCCAUGAUACAAACCCCAAUAAUUAUUAUUAUGAUGAUGAAGAAGAAUCAUCAUCAUCGAGCCAUAAUCAUCAAUCCAAACGAAGCAAACACGCACCAAUCUUAGAAGAAGAAGAAGAUCGAAUCAGCGCCUUCUCUGACUCGAUCCUUCUCAGCAUCCUCUCCUUCUUGCCCAUUAACGACGCUAUCAAAACGGGCGUUUUAUCCAAAAGAUGGGCCUCUCUUUGGACCUCCCUUCCCUCUCUCAGUUUCGACUCCGGUUCCUUCGAAUCCUUCGAAGAUUUCACCAAAGCCGUGGAUGAUACCCUGCUCCUACACACGGCUCACAAACUCACAAACUUCGAUAUUCAAUUCGAGGACGAUUACGACACAGUACUAAAUCCUCGCCUCGAUCUUUGGGUUCGGUUCGCCACAAAUGCCAAAGUAGAAAAACUUAGUCUACACUUGUGGAGACCUGAUCGUUUCGAUCUUGACAGAUCCCAAUUGCCUCAGCAUCUCUACGCCAACAAGUUUGUUUCUGAAUUCAAUUUUAGUUGCUGCAAAAUUUUACCUAAGGCGUUACCACAUUGGAGUUCACUCAAGCGCUUGUGUAUUUGGAACUCGGCCUUGUGUGAGGAUGUGAUAAGGAAAGUGUUAAUGGGUAGUCCUAGACUUGAAUCCUUGGAAUUGCAUCAGUUUUGGGGGUUUACUCGGUUGGAUAUAGUGUCCGAGAGUUUGAGAAAAUUGGUGAUAGAUAGCUAUGUGCAACAUAUGUUUGAAAGUGAGGAGCGUAAGUUGGAACUGGAAAUUGUGGCUCCAAAGAUUGAGUGUUUAGAGAUUUUGGGGUUUUUUUAUAUGAAUAGGUGUCGGAUAAAGGAUGUGUCGGCAUUGGUUGAGGCUAAGCUUGAUUUCGACAUGCGGAUGAUGGAGGGGGAGGAGGAUGAUGGUUUGGAGGAGUUCCAAGACAUUGUGAGAGACAUUCUUGAGAGUGUGCAUCAUGUCAAGAAGCUCACUGUUGGCAGUUCUUGUCUCAUGGCUCUAUCUAUAAUGACGGUGAAACAUCUGCCUUCUCCAUCGUCAAAGUGCAAAUGUUUAACGAUAGCAAGCAUGGGGGAAUGGGAUUUUCCCAAAAUUUUAAGCCUACUUCAAAGUUCACCUUAUGUGGAGACAUUGGUUUUAGACAUCACAUCCUGGGGCUACAUGUGGCCAGCGCGUGUAAGACAACACUCUGAUGUAGACUAUGUAGUGAAGAAAUUAAAGGAGAUCUAUUUCUAUUUCAAGUCUUUGCUACUACACCUCAAGUCUGUCAAGAUUUUAUGUUCUGCAAAAACCUUCCAGAAAAAGGAAUUCAUUUUAGUGGUAAAAUUUCUACUUGAGAAUGCAAAGGUGUUGAAGAAGAUGGUUAUCACUAAACCAUGGGCUAUGCAAAAUCCAACACGUAAUAUGCUGCAGGAAUCUCUGCGAGUGGCACAAAAGUUGUUAAGCUUUCCUAGAGCCUCUCCUAAUGCAGUGGUUAUGUUCCCAUAUCAGUAAAAUCAUUUUAAAUUGUUCAAUCAUCUUAAAUGAUCAAUUCUCAUAAAUACAUUGUAGUUGUGCAUAUUAGUAUGGUUCAAUGAACUAAAAUAUUGCUAUGAUUCCGAUUUCAAGUAGUAAUGUUUCUUUGGGAUGUCAA